GGUAAACGGAAAUCGAGAACUAGCUCCGAAGCCCCGCGUCAUUGCCACCAUCUGGGAAGGCAGGCGACCUACCACUUCCCUCCCUUGACUUACUUUGUUGUGCCAAGCAGGCCUUCUCGUCUCUCUCUCUCAUUUUUUUUCUUCAGAAUCGCUUACGUGAUAGAUCGUCGCCACUUCAUCACUUGGGCCUGGUUGAUUGAUAUCCGUUUUGUACUCCUCAUUCUCACUUUCUAUAGGGCCAGACCUUUUGUUCACGCAUACUCCCUGCUGCGCGACCCGUAUCUGAUCUAGCGCAUAGCUUGAGAAAGUCUGCAUUUGCAGGUUCAUCAUGAGUCGGUCCAACAGACAGAAUGGACGGGACACUGAGCCUCGGGCUCCUCGGAAUCAAAGGAUUGCUGGACCGGCAGAACCUCGGCCUUGACCGACUACCUGGCACAGAAAUAGCGCGUAAUCACAGUCGACGACAGCAAGCAGCACUCACAGAGGCCGUGGCGGCAGAGUCUGCCUCGAACAGGCGUCGAUCGACCCACCGCACUGGAUCCGAGCAACUUGCGUCAAUUCCUGGUCCAUCGAACCAGUCUGGCAACCUCCCCGGUGCCUUGACAAACGCUUCUUCUGUAGCUGCACUCGCCGAUGGUGUCAACCCUACAAUCUACAAGAAGAAGCUUACCAAGGCCGAGGCCAAGGCUAUAGAGCAUUACAAGACAACCGAUGACUUCGCAAAUGCUAAGCAGUACUAUCAGGGCAACGUUGAGGAUGAGGAUCAACUCGCUCGCAUGUUUUACUUUACGGCCAAAAAGGCUGUUGGUCAAUUUGAGAACUGCGCCAAUUGUGGGAAACGCUUUACCGUGACUGCUUAUUCCUCUGCGGAUCCUGAUGGUGGCCUUCUCUGCACUGCAUGCGGUAAGGAACUGGCCAAGGAGGUUCCCAAGAAGAGGAAGCAAGCUGCGUCAGGUGGACCCAUAGGAAAACGGAGAGCUGCACAGAGCCGUGUCUUGGACGGUACGGGAUCUGUAGGCGUCAAGAGUUUGGUGGAAAUCUGCAUCCAGCACUUGUCCAAAAACAUUGAACUUGCAGACGAUCUCGGUGUUCUCCCAGAGCAUGUUGUCGAUCGAAUUUCACGCAUUUUGGCCAAACGCCGCAAGCUCAACUCAGAGGUUCUCCCUCUAUUCCUGCAACCAGGAACUCGAGCUCUCAGGAUAUAUGAUAGUGCCAACCUGAGCUGCCAGGACAUGAUCAGUAUCUUCCAAGUCAUCCCAGAUCUCAAGGUACUUCAGUUACGGAAUGCAAUUCAGUUCAAGGACGAGGUCAUGAGCUAUCUCUUGGACCGGCCAACAAAACUCCAGGUUCUAUCUUUGCAUGGGUGCAAUCUCAUUACAACCGAACUCUGGGAAAGGUUCUUUGUUGAAAAGGGCGAAAGUUUGCACACUCUGCAGGUUUAUCGAUGCGGCGAUUACUUUACAGACGCAGUGGUUGCGAAAGCAGUCGAGCACUGCCCAAACCUCAGGCGGCUCAAGCUGCAGGAGAACCUCAACGUCAGCUAUUCAAGCCUGGAGUCGCUCCAUGCCCUCAGCAAACUAGAACACUUGAGCCUCAAGCUAUGGAAUCAGGAUAUACCCAAUCCUGUUCUCGUCUCCCUUAUCGACGCACUGGGCUCAAAGCUUCAAACUCUGUCCCUGAAGUUGGUCGAGGAUGCCAACGACACUGUUUUGCAAGCGAUCCACCGGAACUGCAAAAACCUUUCGAAACUGCGGAUCACCGGCUCGAAAGCGUUCACGGAUGAUGCACUCAUGAGGCUCUUCACGAACUGGGCAAACCCUCCACUGCGGUUCGUGUCGUUCGAGAAUUGCAGGAGCAUGACACAUGGAGAGAACCUUGAAGAGGUUGGUCUUUGCGACAAGGGCUUUGGCGCUUUGAUGGCGCACUCAGGCCGCAAGAUACAGCACAUCAACAUUGAAUCUUGCCGCCACAUUUCAGCGGCGGCCCUUCUGGCCGCAUUUGACCAAGACAAGAUAUAUCCAGAUCUUGAGACUGUUGAGAUCAGCUUCUGUGAGAAUGUCACGGAUUUCAUCGUCGGCAGCAUUUUUAGGUGCUGCCCAGCCUUGAAGUGGGUAAAAGUUUUUGGCUGCAUGAAGGUGAAAGACGUGCUCGUUCCGCGCGGAAGAAUUUUGAUCGGUGUGCCUACCGCUGCCGGAAUGCAGAUUGAGGGUUACGCUUGA